ACAUCAGCGGUCGCGCUGGGUGUCGCCUUACCGUUCCACGCGCGACAGAUUUCUGAUGACCAUCCCAGCACAGUCGAUGUUUCGUUGCCUUUGUAGACCCGAGCGUCCGAGGAGCAGCAGCGGUGGAGCGCGAAAUGGCGUUGGACGCUGUCGCGCAGGGCAUGAACAGCACUGUACCAUCGCCUGCUGAAGAGGAAGCAUUCUACAACAAGCUGCUCGGCCUUGCUGGCACUGUGGUAUCAGGCAAGCAUGCGCACUUCAAGCUCCCGCCGGCUGCCGUUGAGCAGAUCAAAGCCAGCCUCGCGUCGCUGCACGCGCCAGCUCCCGGCGCACAGCACAUAGCAGCAGAGAGCAGUCUUGCCAAUGGCAUAGCAUACAGUGCGAAUGCAUCGACCACUAACACACAGCAAUACUCGACGCCUGCAGCACCUUCUCUGCCCGGUUUGCCCGGACUGCACGCAUCGCAUACGCCCUUCGUAAAUGGCGCGCCGCCAUCGCUCACCAAAGCCACCUCCAGCGGCCUAGAUCCCAUCUUCUUGGAGAAGUCGGCGGUUUUGAUAAAAGCUGAAAAUCAGCAUAAACGGCAGCACAUCGAGCGUGAUUUGCAAGCACAGGUUGCGCAGGGCAAGAGACCAGGUCGAGACGAAGGCGCGGAAGCGCCAUCGCUUGACAUGGGCUCCAUACUUGCCGCUGCCGCUGCUCGUGAGCCUCACGUGUCCGGAUUGAAAUAUUCUGGCAGGGUGGGCAGCGAGGCGAGCUCGUUUGACACGAACGACUACUACUCGAGCCAGGUCGAAAGUGCCCUCCCAGCAGACCUCGAGAGCCUCGAAGGACCUCAUGCGCAGUCUUCUUAUGCUCAGACUUCUGUCUCGGGUAAGCAACCUGCUGGCGCUCGUGAUGACCCAACCACCAUCAAUGCGUAUUCUGCCCAGCUGAGGACUGCAUACGAGAUAGUGGACGAUGAUGAAGAUGAAGAGUAUACACCACCUGAUGUCCCUGCCUUUGCCGGUCUAGACGAAGACGGAGGAAUGGAAGAAGGCCAAAUUGGAUCAGAUGAUGACGACGACUAUGAGCCGGGAGAAGUCACCGUGGACAACAAUGUGCCAACGCCACCCCAACCGUCACGACAGGUACAGCAAUACUCUCCCAAGGUCAUUCGUAACCAUCUCACUCACAUCGCCGCCCCGCAGCCUAAUAGAGUCUCCCCGCUGGCCGUGGCCAAAGGACCCAACCUUGGAGGUGAAUUGGAACUGGUCAAUGGCCGCCCCGAGGUCGUCAAUCACAAGGCCAAUAAUCGCCACAACCCCAACGUCUCGCGCGCAAGUACUGUUUCGCCGCAGAACGGUGUCGGUGUGAACAAUAAAAAACGCCGGAACAAGAAGCGGAAGCGAGACUUGGAGCAGAACCAGCCCACUGGCGGGCGUGCCAAGAAGAAGCGUGAUAGAAACGCUGCGCCCCAGUCUCCUGCAUAUCGAGAGACUCGCAUCAAGGACGAGCCUGUGUCUCCGCCGCCAUUUGCCAGUGUCCCAGACGUGCAGCCAUAUGGCCAGUAUGCACAACGACCGGCACAUUAUAGACCCGCUGAAGUCGAUCUCGUGUCUCCACGGCACAUACCGCUCCCGCCUUCAUCAUAUGUGCCUGACCCUCGAUCAUCAGGUCUGCGGUACGAGUAUGCCCAACCGGCGUCGCCUGCAGUCGUGAGAGUAGCAUCUCCUGCUGCGCUCCGACCAGUACAGAGGGACAAUCAGGAUCUUCGAAGGGUCGCUAGCAUUCAUUAUGCACAACGACCGCCAUCCCCAACACAGAGAGCAUAUUCACCAGCACCGCAGCGUACCGUUUCCAUGAACUAUGGCGACCCGCGGAUGCCCCAAGCACCUGUUGAGGUCCGAUACCAUGAUGCACCUCGUGCAGAUUACCACGACCCCUACAAUGUGCGCCCUCAAAGCCCGGCGGUCAUUCCAGCUCCGCCGCCAACGAGGAUUGUGGUUGACCAAUAUGGCAACCAGUACUACGCAGCCGAGGCGGAGCCAGCGCCAGCACCACCGCCACCGGCGUACAGAGCGUCAGUGGCUCCAACAGACAGGCGACCGGUGCCUACGGACAUUGGCUACGAACGAGCGCCAAGUCGUGCUGCGGCAUCUUAUGCUCAGCCUGCCUAUGAAAGAGUCGACGCAAGCAUGGCACCUCCACCAAAGCGACGAGCUGCGGAAGAGCCGGCUGUGCAGUACGUGGAUGCUAAUGGGUAUCCUGUGCCUGCGCCCCAGUACCACAGACCAGAAGUGCGGUACAUGGAGGCGCCCACUUCCCCUGUAUAUCAGCAGCCGCCGCAACCUCGAUAUGAUAUGGCGCCUCCGCCACCUCGUCCUGCGCGUGAGCAGACUUCACCUGUGUAUGCUGAGCCGACAUCGCCAGGGUAUCCAUCGACAAGGAGUUACAGUGUACGACCAGAAGCACCCGCUGCGCCGCAAUAUGCCCGUCACGCCAGCGUGGCACCACAGCAAUAUGCUCGCCAGGCCAGUGUUGCUCCACAGCAAUUCGCCAGGCCCGACGCACCGCCUGCCCCACCAGCACGAGCGAUGAGUGUCAUGCCUGGGUACGAACAGCCCCGUGCGUACGCGCAAGCACCGCAACCUGUAAGAUACGUUGAUCAGUAUGGCCGAGAGAUUGUCUAUCAGACGGAUCCUAGACCGCCCGCGCCGCCGGAGUACAGAUACCAAUAGGAGGGUAUAGGAUGGGUGAUUGGAGACAAUUGCAAGACCGCACGCUUCUUGGCAGUCUAUUGAUGUUUGCAUACUGGGGGACAUUGUAUUGAGAUCAUGUUCAAAAAAGCGAAGCAUUGCAUAUUGCACAGCAUAAAGUUUGGAGAGGGAAUUGUACGAGCAAAUGGGCAUGUGUAAACAGGCACAGACACGAAUCCGCGAAAUUCCGGAUGCCGUGUACUAUCACUUUGUAAUUCGGCACGCA